AUGUGCUUACAGUGCAUCAGCGUAUACGUGCAGCAGCAUGAGGAGCUGGUGGAGUUGCUGACCAGCAGAGGGGGCAAGAUCCAGCAGCUGGAGGCGGAGGUCGAAAAGGCCUCCGCGCGCGCCUCGGAGGCAGAGCGCCAGGCGGGCCUGCGGGACGCUGAGCUGGCGUCUGUGCGCCACGAGGGCCGCCUGUGGCGCGCAGUCAAGGAGGCCGAGUGCGCGCAGCUGGCGCUGAGCGUGGAGCAGCUGGGGAAGCAGCUGGAGCGCGAGAUGGCGCGCGCAGCUGGGCUGGAGGAGCAGCUUGCGGGCGAGGCUGCAGCCAAGGCCGAGUGGAGCGCCAAGGCCCGGGAGCUUGCGUCGCAGCUAGAGGGCGCGCAGGCCGCCGCGCAGCGCGAGGCGGCGCAGCUGCAGCAGCGCGCCGCCGCGCUCGAGCGCGACCUCGAGGCUGCGCGCUCCGGCGCGGCAGCGGCGGAGCAGCUCGCGGCGCGCGCGCUCGCCGCGGAGCGCGCGGCGAAGGACGGGCACGCGGUGCGCGCGCAGCUGCUGGAGCGGCAGCUGCAGGAGGUGGCCGCGCAGUCUGAGGAGCUGGCUGCAAGGGUGGGGGACCUCGAGGUGUCCAAGGCGCGCGCCGAGGGCCGCGCGGCAGUGGCCGAGGCCGCCGCAGCCGGCGCGUCCGAGGGCGAGGUCGCGGCGCAGCUGUCGGCGCUGCGCAGCCAGGUGCGCCAGCAGGAGGAGGAGCUGGCGGCAGCGGGGCAGGCGGUCAAGGUGGCGGCGGCGGCAGGCGCGCUGCAGCGGCAGCUGGAGCGCGCGCGCGCGGAGGCGGCAGCGGCGCAGCAGCUGGCGGCCAGGCUGCCGGAUGUGCAGGCGGAGGCGGGGCGCAUGCGGGCGGAGCUGGAGCAGUGGCGGGUGCUGUUCAAGAAGGUGACCGGCCAGGAGCACCCCAGCCCCAAGGCCGUCCAGGCGCUGCAGGACGACGCGCUGCGCGCGCAGCAGCAGCUGUCCGACGCGCGCGCCGAGCUCGCCGAGGCCCGCGCGCGCGCCGACGAGACCGCCAAGGCGCGCGCCGCGGCGCAGGCGGCCGCCGCGCGCCAUGAGGGCGACGCGCGCGCGGCCGGGCGGCGGCUUCAGCUGGCGGAGGGGCGGCUGGCGGUGGUGCGGAAGGAGGUGGAGGGGCUGAAGCACCUGCUGUCCCUAUUGGAGGCGGCGGAGACAGAGCAGGGGGGCGGCGGCGGCGGCGGCGGCGACGGCAGCAGCGCGGUGGCGGAGGCCAGGGCGGGGGCGCUCGCGGGCGAGCUGGAGGCGGCGCGCGCGCAGUUGGCGUCUGCCGAGGCGCUCGCGGCGACGGCGGCGGAGGGGGAGGCGCGGCACAAGCGGGAGGCGGACGAGGCGCGGGCGGACGCGCAGGCGCUCGAGCGGGAAGUGGAGGCGUUGGGCAGGGAGGUCGCGCGGCUGCAGACGUGCGUCGCCGCCGGCGACUACAACCCCGCGACGACGCGCAUCCUGCACAUGGCGGCCAACCCUGCCUCAGAGCGGCGCCGCCUGGACGCAGAGGCCAGCAUCGCGCGGCUGCAGGCAGAGUGCGACGCGCUGCGCAGGCAGCUGACGGCGGCGCGCGGCAGCGGCAGGGACGGCGGCGGCGGCGGCGGCAGCGGCGGCGGCACGGCCGGCGCUACGGGCGAAGAGGGUGUCGCACUGGCGCAAAAGGAGGCCGAGCUGGCCAUGGUGCAGCGCCAGCUGGCGCAGCUCAGCAAGCAGACCUCCAAGCUCAAGGAGCUGGAGGCGGUGCGCUGCCUGUUUGGCUACAAGGUUGACAUGCAGGUCUCAGCGCCAGGCAGCCUGCAGGGCGCACUGGUCGUGCUGCGCCCCGAGCCCCCCGCCGCGCGCGCCGUCGCGCCGCCCGGCGACCGCGACCCGCAGCUGCAGUUCCGCUUCACAGCCGCGACCGGGCGGCUGGAGCUGCUGCCGACGCCGCUGGGGCGCGUGGACUUUGUGCGGCGCAGCGCGGCGGCGCUCAUUGAGGGCGCGGGCAGCGUGCCGUGGUUCACGGGCAACCUCAUGUCGGACCUCUGCCAGAAGAGCACCGCGGGGCCCCCCGGGGGCGGCGGCGGCGGCUAG